GCUGAGCAGAAAAAUUCUGAGCUUCGAUGGACUCAUCCUUGUCUUCACAAGAAUCAAUUCCCAAUGAUAUUGCCCUCAAAAUUGCUUCUUCUCUUCAGGUAGGUGAUCUUUGCUCGUUGGGAAGUUGUUCUCGGUUUUGGUGGGAGCUGUGUGGGUCUGAUUAUAUAUGGGAAUCUCUUUGUAAAAAAAGAUGGCCUGCUCUUGCUCUUAAGAUUGAGUCUUAUAAUAACCAGCCCCAUGAGGAAUGGAGAGUAUUCUAUAUUAGGAAGCACAAUGAAAUGGCAGGAAAAGCAAAAGGCGUAAUUGAUUUUGUCAAUCGCUGUUUGGCAUUUGAGUCGAUUGAGGUGGGGCAUUAUCUGAAAGCAGUAAGAGAUCUGGAUUCGAUCCUUUUUGGGUUUGAAGAUGUCUAUACAUUCUUCCUUAAAUCCAAGCACAAUGUGCUGCUGAACUUGAUUGGUUUGCACUACUGCCUUAUCUGGCUUGGUUUGCCGGGUGAAUGUGUCAUGGAAAUCCUAAAUAACAGCAAUAUCUCACAAAGGGAAGUACGUGUACAAUGGUGGAAGCUUGGGAGGUGGUUGUUUGGCUUUCGCCUGCGUGAUGAAUUAAUCACACGUACCGUGUCUUUAAAAGAUCUUGCAACAGGAAAGGAGGAAGAAGUUCUUGGGGUACUUCAUCGAGGUGCGGUACAUGAGGUGAUACGAGUUCAGAUCUCAGAAGCUAAACCUGAAUACACAUCCUGGUCAUUCCAGAACGUACAAAACGCAAACUAGUAAAUAUUAGUGUUAUCUAUCAUGUAUACAUCAUUUUGUAAAUAUUUCAACUAAACUCGUGAAUAAUUGUGAACUCUCUUACAAUGUAUCCUUUUAUAUUUAUGUUGUUGUGAAUAAUGAAAUCUCUCAGUGUAAGGAAGCAUGUAUUAAAUGUAAAUUUGAUGGUUAUCGCUU